AUGGGGGUGAUGAGCCAUGCUGCUUCUUGCAUUUCAGCUGCAAUGGCCUCUGCUGUGCCUGAGAAAGAGGAAGCUGCCAAGAGCUCCCUGGAGGUAAAGGAAGAGGAGCAGCAGCAGGAUGCAGUAAAGGAGGUGACUAAUCCAACCCUGCUCAGCUCUGCCUGUGAAGUGGUUUCCACAGCUUAUGCCUCCACUAAGGAGAGCCAUCCCUGCAUCAGGUCUGUGUGUGAUGCAGCAGAGAAAGGAGUGAAGAGUGUGAGUGAAGCCACAGCCAGCUGUGUGCAGCCACUUCUGGCCACCCUGGAGCCUCCUGUUGCUGCAGGAAGUGAGUAUGCCUCCAAGGGCUUGGAUAAACUAGGGGAGAAGCUCCCACACCUUCAGAAGUCAGUGGAGCAGGUGAUAUCUGACACAAAGGAGCAGAUAUCAUCCAGGGUGGCUGAAGCAAAGGAUGCUAUGAGCAGCAAAGUGACAGAGAUCAUAGAUGUGACUAAGGAGACUCUUCAGAGCAGCGUGGAGGCUGCCAAAUCUGCAGUGUCCAGCAGUGUGGCAGUAGUUCUGGACUCUAGAGAGGGUCAGAUGGCUGCAGUAGGAGCAGAAGCUGUGGUGGAGACAACAGAAGGCAACUCUCUUCCUAUUGAAAAUGAGGAACUAGCCAAGCUGGCAGCAUAUGAGGAGGGUGCAGGCAUCCUGCCUGUGGAGCAGCAGCAGGAGCAGAGGAGGUACUUUGUGCGCCUGGGGUCCCUCUCGGAUGAAAUUCGCUUGUUUGCCUACAUGCACUCCACUGACAAGAUGAAGCAGGCCUGGCAGGGCAUGCAGGAUACCCUUGCACAGCUUCACUGCAUCGUUGAACUGAUUGAAGUCUUUAAGCAAGGAUUUAAUCAAAAGCUUGAGGAAGGGCAGGAGAAGCUUCGUGAAAUGUGGCUGGACUGGAGCAGGAAGUCUCCCAGGGAGACUGGAGAUGAAAGCUUAACGGAGCCAGAGGAGCUGGAGUCCCUGGCCUUGCUCAUGGCACGCAAUAUCACACAGCAACUGCAAGUGACCUGCCGGGAUGUAGUGUCUGCAAUCCGAGGCCUUCCCUCAAGCCUUCAGGACAAGGUGAAACAAUCUCUGACUACCAUACAGGAGCUCCAUGCUUCUUUUUCACUGGCAAAUUCCUUCCAGGACUUGUCCAGCAGUGUCUUGACCCAAAGCCAGAAGAAGAUGGCUGUGAUCCGGGAGUACAUGGAGGAGCUGCUGGACUACCUGAAGAACAACAUUCCUCUGUCCUGGGUGGUGGGACCCUUCACCCCCAGGGAGGAGGAAGAGGAGACAUCAGAGGAAGAGGAAACCUCACCAGAGACCACAGCAUCAGAGGAAGAUGAACCCUCCCAGGAGGAGGAAGAGGCAGACAGAGCAGGACCGCUGGGGGGGCCAUUGUACGCCUACACACUGACCACCAGCUACUCCUAA